AUGUCCAUUUUCUUUUUCUUCAUCCCAAAAUUAGGCUCUGUUCAUCUUUAUCUAUUUUUGUUCGUAUCUAUCUAUCUAAUUUUUGUUCAUAUCUAUCUAUCUAUUUUUGUACGUAUCUAUCUAUCUAUCUAUUUAUGUUUGUAUCUAUCUAUCUAUCUAUCUAUCUAUGUUUGUAUCUAUCUAUCUAUCUAUCUAUUUAUGUUUGUAUCUAUCUAUCUAUCUAUCUAUGUUUGUAUCUAUCUAUCUAUCUAUUUUUGUUCAUACCUAUCUAUCUAUCUUUGUAUCUAUCUGUGUUCGUAUCUAUCUAUCUAUGGACAUAUCUAUCUACUUAUUUUCAUAACUGUCUACCUAUCUACUUAUGUUCAUAUCUAUCUAUCUGUCUGUCUAUCUCUGUUCAUAUCUCAUUCAUAUCUAUCUCUGACAGAUUUUGCUGAUGAAACUGUUAUUAAAACAUAG